GGGGCAGCAUAGAAGAAUGGGCCAGAGCCGUACGGCUAUGUAAGCAUGCUGCUAUGUAAGCAUGCUAUGUAAUGCCUUACACAACGUGUUACCAAACGUUCAUUGAAAGGGUUGUCAACUCUGUGUACUUGCCAGUUACGUCCUCCCCUGUUUCAAGAACAAUACGCGGAAACUUCACCGCAACAAUGAAUUCAAUAUCUUGUAUAUCGUCCUCUGUGAGAGCUGUUGGGAAGUUCACCUCCAACUCAGCGUGUCGGAGGUUAAUUCAACGAACUGAAUCAUAUGGAUUGUGUACAAUGCAACUGGUACAUAUAUGUAACAUGCACAUGUCAAAUGGGAGGGGGUCUCAAGCACUUCAGUUACGUAACGUGACAGAGGACAGUCUCGAUGUCAUCAAUCAAAUUGAAAGAUAUCGCACACUGUCAAAUACACUGCCUACCGGUGAAGCCUACUUAAAACAUAUGCCUGCUAAUGGACGUUCUCAGACUCUUCAUUCCUUUAAUGAAAGUGAGAUGUGGAACAUUGUAAAGAACACCCCUAACGGUGUGAGCAUAUCUGGUAUUGCCACCUUGAUGGGGAUCUGUGUCAAGAUCGGCAUGGACUCUGACAGUGCAACAGGUCUCAUAUCAAAACUUAAACAGGAGUGCCUUAGGAAACUCAAUGAAGAGGAUGUGUCUAUCACUAACUUGUGCCUUCUUGGGGAGGUGGUGUAUAGAUUGGAGGGUGCAUCACCUCUUCUCAGUGAAGUUUUGAGAUCAGUUAGUACUAGUGUUGAUGAUGAUCUAAUGCCACUGGACGCUUCUCAUCUCUACACCUUCUUUGCUUUGAUUGGGAACCAACACCUUAACCCACAUCUCAUGACAAGAUUGAGCAGAUGCACAGAGAGGUUGGCACACACACUACCACCAACUGCCAUUAGUAACAUCCUUAAUUCCCUGGCUGUGUUGCAGGACGAACAGUCUGUCACGCUUAUUCACAGACUUCGAGAGCGCUCCACUCUUACCAUGGGAUCAUUUAGUGAUGCAGAACUUGCUGGGAUUCUCCGUGCUCUUGCGCGGUUAUCACAGUGCGACGCACGAUUCCUAUAUUCCCUUGAGCAUCAGCUAGUGAACAGAAUAGAAGAAUGUGAUCCAGACCUUAUCAGUGCAGUAAUGGAAUACUGUCUCCAUGUGCGCUGGGGCACCAGCGUCGUAUUUGAAGCCGUCGCCAAGCGGUUCGUCCAAAGUGCGGAAACGUACAGUACGGCUCAAAUUGCCCAGCAAAUUGUCGCCAUGGGAAGACUGAAUUACCUCCCAAGCUGUGCCAGUGAGAUGUUCAAGAAGUUGGAGAGCAUCCUCACCUCAAGGUUCUCACAGUUCCAGCCUCGUACUCUACUCAACAUGCUGCAUUCCUGCAUCCACUUAGAGAGGUUUCCCCUGAACUUUGUUUCCAGAGUCUUCAGUUCCGCCUUUCUUCAAAGAUUAGAAGUGCAAGGUCAUGGCGUGGACAGAAAAGCAUUAGCACAGCUCACCCAGCUCCACAUGUGUACUUUGCUGGAGUGCACCUUCUAUAAGGGGCCAAAGCUUCCAUAUCAUUACCACAUGAAGAAGUUCCCAGUAGUGGAGGACUUUUUCGAGAGCCCAGUGGACCAGUUCCUGUUAACAAAGAUACAUCAUCCUCUUUGCAAGGUGCUGGGUGGAAGAAAUAGAUUCUCCAUCGGGGUUUUCACACAAAAUGGAUACACGAUUGAUGUGGAGAUCUGCCUAGAUGAAGAAGGCUUGAUUUUGCCUCUCUCAGAAUGGGAUCAGACCCACAAAAGAAUUGCCUUAUGUUUGGAUGGGCCUGACCGAUUCUGCACAAACACACACCACCUUUUGGGCAAGGAGGCCACAAAGAGAAGACAUCUCCAGAAGCUGGGCUAUAUGGUGAUACAGAUUCCUUACUUCGAAUAUGAGACUUUGAGGACAAAGACACAGAAAAAGCAAUAUCUUCAUCAGAAGAUAAGUCACGCAGUCUCCCAGUGUUUUUCGUAACUUCUGCAAGAGAAGGAUGGAUUCUCCAAUGUGACAAAACUCCAAAGCAAAUGUUGAUGUUACAAUUGAAUUAAUGUUUAAAACAUUAAACAUGAGAAAAGCUAAAGUAAUGAACGCAAAAUUGAGAUACACAUCAGCUUUACAACUGUAUUAAGUUGUUUGACUAUUUAAAAUGUUCUAAAUCUUAAUUAUAUUGUCAGUUUUGUAAACUGAACUGCUUGUUUAAGCUUUUUAAGCACUGUACAUUUGGUGUGGCACUUUAUUGUGGAAAGGAAGUUAAAACUUUGAAAGUUUUGACAAUAAAUAUUUCAAUUUUUGUAA